AUCCGGGCUCUCGUCUGCCCUCCCGGCGAAUGCGCCACGGCCAUCUUCCUGGCCGGGGACUCGUCCCUCGACAACAAGGCGUGGCUCUUCAACCAGGGCGCGCUUGCGGAGCGCUGGCGCCCUGGGGCCGCCCACGCGCCCGCCAGGAACGGCUACGAGUUCCUGCUGAGCCCUCCCCGCAUGGUCUGCGACGUCACGUACUGGAUGAACCAGAUACUGUGGGACCUCGGCGCCGAUUGCUGCGUGGUGCCCUCGUGCGGGGGCCUCUACGAGCAGGAGCUGCUGCUGCGGGAUCGUAUCCGGCCCAGCGACAUGCUCGUGAUAUCUAUAGGCGGGAACGACAUCGCGCUCGCGCCAUCCGUUUUCACAGCGAUCGCAAUCGUGCUGCUGAUGUUGUCCCCGUGGUUUACGCUGUGCACUUUGAAUCCCGCCGUGGCGUACUUUGUUUUCAUGUUUAGAUUCCAGGUCCAGUGCUACGCCCAUGAGCUCACUGCGAAGACCACGCCCUCCAAGAUUGCCGUGUGCAUGAUCUACCACCUGGACGAGCGGAAUGGAAACUCAUGGGCGAAUCCAGCGCUUUGCGCCUUGUGUUAUUGUUGUUUCCCCGGCUUGCUACAACGACGCUUGCGCGUGGUGUUUGAACUGGGCACUUCCAGGGUUCGUGUGCCAGGCAGCGAGGUUGUGCCCAUCUUCUUGGGAGAUGCCUUGGACGGCCGAUGUACCGAAGAUUACUGCCAGCGCGUUGAGCCUAGCGUGAUCGGUGGGCAAAAGAUUGCCAGGUUGAUCUUGCAUCGACUGGGCUGGCCAUGUAAGACUCCGGGCUACCAUUAUGGUAAGCCGCCCGACGAGGCCUGA